AUGAACCGCUUCGAACAACUUGUGAAGGACAUCAAGGAUGUAUUGGGACCGUCGUCGGGGUUGACCUCGGAUGAUAUCGACGUAGAAGACUUAACCCAUAUCAUGGAACGAUAUAUCUCCGAUAAGAAGGAGUGGUCCAUGUAUGCGAUGGAAGACGGCAGUCUGGGAUACACCCGAAAUCUCGUCGACGAGGGUAACGGAAAAGCGAACUUGCUCGUGCUAGUCUGGACACCCGGAAAGGGCAGCGCUAUCCACGACCACGGCAAUGCUCAUUGCGUAAUGAAGAUCCUUCGCGGCGACCUCACCGAGACUCGAUACGAACAUCCCAACGGCGAUACAGAGAAGCCAAUGGAAGUAAAAUCGGAACAUGUCCACAAGGAGAAUGCUGUCGCCUACAUGGCAGACGAGCUUGGACUUCAUCAAGUGUCCAACCGAGGUAGCGACUUCGCUGUCUCCCUACAUCUAUACACUCCUCCCAACGUAGCAAAGAACGGGUGCUACAUCUUCAACCCCAAGACGGGUAAGAGCACACACGUGAAAUGUGGUCUUUACUCGUCGCAUGGCGAACGAGUGCAGGCCUAG